UGUUGCUUGCCAGUGGAGGUGUCAAGGAGAAUUGGUCACGUGAUCUGACAUGGCUUGACUAUAUAUUAAGGUUGCAGAGUGGUUCACAUUAGUUAGUGAUCAACAGCUAGAUCAGAAUGAAGUUCGUCAUCCUCGCUGCCCUCGUUACCCUGGCCGUUGCCGUCCCUCAGCAAGGCUACGGAGCCCCUGCCCCUCGUUCCUCUGUGAGGGACGACUCCUUCGAGGAUGUGGCCAUUUUGAGGGACGAAAGAGUCCACGAAGACGACGGGAGGUACAACUUCGACGUCGAGGCAGAAAACGGGAUCCGAGCAUCCGAAUCAGGUUCUCCUGAUGGCCCCGAAGGUACCAUUGUCAGCGCCGGAGAAUAUUCAUACACUGCUCCUGACGGCACUGACGUGUGGUGAAAUACGUCGCCAAUGAGAACGGUUUCCAGCCCCACAAUUCCGACCUGCUUCCAGUGGCUCCGAAUUCCCCCACCCAAUUCCCCAGUUCGUGCUGGACCAGAUCGCCUUCGCUGCUGAGGAGGACGCCCGUCGUGGUCGGGAAGGAUCCUUCGAGAGGAGCGGCUCUGUUCGAGCUCCCUCCACCUCCUACCAGAGACCUUCCUAAUCUUUACGACUGAAUAUUCAUUCAAGACUCCGUUAACGAUGUAGUAAAAUAUUUAUUUCCUCUAUUAUUAAAUGAAGAUUCAAAGAACGAAA